GUGGCAGCACCAAGUCAACUGUCAAAGUAAAUUCAUCGGUCUCAUUACAAUAUUAGUGUGGAUUUUAGUUAUAUUUUAUUCUUGUAACAAAAUUUUAAAAUGUAUACAGUCUCUAAAGGGCCUAGCAAGAUUGUCGCGAAAACUCGUAGAGGUCUAUCACAGAAUCUGGAAAGGUUAGACAGCCGCAAGGACUACAAUAGGAAGUCCUCAGAGUCGGACAAUGGAGAAAUUAUAAGCAUGCCCAAACCAGUAUUCCACUCCAAUGGUAAAAAGACAGUGCACCAAAGAAUACAGCAGCAUGUGUUGACACCACAGCACGAAGAAAUCAUUAGAUACAUAAGUGAAACUUGGACACAAACAGCUAAUGGAGACAGCGAACCUUCAACACCUACAAGUACAAUUGGAUCUGGCAGUUCCUCCCCUGCACCCCCCUCGAACCUGUACUACCAGGACGAUGCGCCCAGCUCUGUGCCACACGACUUCAAGCCAUUCGACCUGGAGACCUGGUGGGGCAAGCGGCUCUUCCAAAACAUCACUAGCUCACUUUGAAACACACAGGUCCAUAGAAAUGGAGUGGGAACAUGAAACUUUUCGGUAGCGUAAGUCACAAUCAAUUGCAGUUUACUAAAUUUUAUAAACUGUUUUGCCCUUCUAUUGGGUGUGUGUCAAGAUGGCUUAACGAAGGAUGUAUUUUUACAUUUUCAAUCGACAUUCGAAAAGAAAUCACAAUUUUUAUAAUUUCUGUAUAUAUGAUUACUCUGUUUCAAUUCAAUCUGAUGACAUUUUUUUGUAGAAGGUUUUACUACGACUCAUUAGUGUACAUAUUCACAAUAUUAUAACAGCUUGCAAUCAAAAACUUACAAAACUCUCAUGUUCUCGAUAAGUUAAUGCUAAGACAUAAAAAACAACACAUUUGUAUGGACUGCGUCCUUCAAUUGACCACCGUAGCACAUUCCUAAUGGAACGGUAGCCUAAGAAAUAUGCAGAAAUGUAAAGUAUUUUACUAUUUUUAUGACGCUGUUUUAUAACCAUUUGACAUUAAGUGUUAUGUAUAAAUCUUACUCAUAGAUUGUCAUAUCAGUAUGGUCCCUUACACAAGUAAAAUGUAGUGUUUGAAAAGUUAUUCAGAUUGAUAACCAAGUUCCCAUUACAUUUAAAAGCUUUGGACACGAUAACUUUUCGUAGUAUUAGCUUGCAAACUCAAUGUGCUCUGGUCUAAGAAACCCGAAAUAUAAAUUUAUGAGUGUAUAUAAACACUAAUGAAAUUUUCAUUUGAUAUUUGUAUUUUUAAUAUAGUGAUGACAUACAGCUUCGAUUUUUUGAGUUAUCUAUACAUUUACUAAUACAAAGAACAACGAUUUGUUUAAAAAUUGAUGUUUUUUAUACACAGCAAAUAUGUUACUGCUAUGUUGAAUUUCUCGCACAAUUUGAACCCUUUUAAUAUACAAAUUGGGAAGCAUCACUUACUCUGCUAAUGUAUCGAAUCUAUACUAAUAUUAUAAAGCUGAAGAGUUUGUUUGUUUGUUUGAACGCGCUAAACUCAAAAACUACUGGUCCGAUUUUAAAAAUUCUUUCAGUUUUAGAUAGCCCAUUUAUCGAGGAAGGCUAUAAGGCUAUAAAUUAUCCCCGUAUUCUUAAGGGAACGGGAACCACGCGGGUAAAACCGCGCGGCGUCAGCUAGUCUUCAAUAUAUAGAACCAUCCUUAGAUAGGGUAAAAAACCAGACGCACUAAAGAUUGUAGGCUAAUCUCUCUCCUUGUUAGAGUCACAGUUUGGGGCCCAAAUUUUAAAUUUCGAAUAAAUUUAAGUGUUAAAAAAAAUUUAGUAAUCUACAGAUGAUUGUGGAUCUCAGUAAGUAACAACCUUUAUAUAAAUAAGACAAGAUUUCCAAAGCUCAAUUAUAUUUGCAACUGGCUUUGCAUUGUUGUUCAAACCAAUAUCGUUUAAGAUUGUUAUGUUGAUGAAUGUUAUAUACAUAUGUAUAAUUUUUUUGUUCACAAAUCACAUAUUAUUUCCAUUUAAUUAUAUUUCGAAAUCUCUAUUUACAACAGUCGCGCAGUCUUUUGAAAUAAUGAAAUAUGAAUUUUAUACCAAAGAGGUUUUAAUGGAAACAUUGCCAAAAAAUCAUUAAUUCGCCAUGAAUUUCACUAUAAAUAAAAUUGACAAAAGCAGUCUGUUAGUACACACUUUUUACAUUUUGUACAUUAUUUAAUACUAGUAAAUAUAAUAAUAUAAUAUGACAUUUAUAAUAAUAACAUUAAAUAUCAUCUGUACUAAUAAAGUUAUAAAGAGUUAAAGUUUGUGGUAUUGUAGGUAUAAAUAACAAUAGUCUUUAAAUCUACUGAACCGAUUUUGAAAAUUAUUUUUCCACUAGAAAGCCACGUUAUUUGUGAAUGUCAUAGGCGUAUUCUCACGGGUACUGGAACUACGCGGGUAAGACCGCGGGGCGUCGGCUAUUAUAUUAUAUUUAUAGAGCCUCUAAAACAAUCUUUUCCUACCUAGUUAACUACUAGUUAAAAUUGUAUAAAUAGUAGGUAUACUUUUAGUCGAAUUUUCGAAAUUCGACAGGCUGAAGCUCGCAAUAUUUUUAAAAUUGACUGCUAAUUUAAAUCAAAUCAAAAAUGUGCAAUACUUAUAAAAUAAAAUAAAUAUUAUAUCAGUUUAUUUGACUGUUUUAGGUUACUUGAAUGAGUUGUAAUGUAUGAUAUUAUAAUUAUUAUAAUUAUAAUUUAUGACUGUUAUUUUAACACACAAUUUUAUAUCAUUUAGGUACGCCUAGUACUCUGGUAUUAUUGUCAGCUAACUCCAAAUUGCCUUAUAAUAGAUGUAAGACUUUUAUAAUGACAGCAUCAACUUUAAUUGUAAAUUAAAAAAAAAACAUGCAUGUUAUAUAGUUACCAUGUCUCGUUCAAUUAGAAAUUUUAAACAAAAUAAAUGAUUAAAAACUUUCACGAAGCCUCUGAAGUAUACGAUUCAUUGUUUAUUCAUUUUUUGCAGAACAAUAGUUGGAAUUUCUAAAUGAUCAGACAAUAUAUCGCAAUAUGUGUCAUCACAAAUAUUUUUACAGCUGUUAAUAAAGUCAGUGUUUAAAUCGUGUGUGUAUGCUAUACAACUGAUAAAUUGUUGAUGUGAAAUUACCAGGAGUAUAGGAAAAACAUAGAUGGAGCACGCAUGUUCUUUAAAAUGAAUUAUCACUAACAAAAGUGCCUUUGCUUUUGCAACAAAUCCAGUCAUAUUUUAUUAAACCUUCAUAAUAGUAAUUGCAGCCUUAAAUGUUAGGAUAUAUCAAAUUAUUACAGUAAACCUGUCUGAAUAAAUGUCUCUAUUUACACUUGUUGAAUAUCGCAUUAAAUAAAUACUAAAAAUGUGGUAGCUUUGCCAUAUGAGCUGAAAAUACUCUAUUGAUGAUGCGAUUUAACAAAGAAUUAUUGUUUCGCGAUAAACUUCUGUUGUCGUUUUGCUUUGGACUGUUUGCCAUCUAUCUUUUUCCUGUAAUCUGAGGUAAAUUGUUGAAUUAUUGCCUUAAAAUAUGUUCAUUAUAGAAUGCUACCGGUAGCAACAAUGCAAAACUUCAUACGUGUUCAUUUGUCACAUGGACCAUCUUUUUUUGUUGUCAGUGAGGUAAAAUCUGUGUAAAUUUUGGCAGCAUAUGUCAGACUUCCAUGGAUAACUUUAAUUCGGAUUAUCGAAGAGUGGCAAAAAUAUGCCAAGUAAUACUCAAGCCACGAUGAAAAAGGGAGGAAUACGAUGAAAAAAGGGAGGGAUCUUCCUGAAUGGAUCAACAAGAAGAAAAACUAAGCGGUUAGUUUUCUUCCUUCUAUUAUUUUUAUUCCUCCCUUUUUUCAUCAUGGCUUGAGUAUUACUUGGCAUAUUUUUGCCACUACUCGAUAACUGCAAGCUAUGAGGUUUCUAAACUUUACCCCGCCAUUUAGCAUAAUUAAAUAUAGGCUGAAAAACAUGCCACUCCCUACCCGCACCAUCUUAUAAUGAACAAACUAUAAGUGUUAUGUUUUAACUGCUUCGUGCGCUUGAUGCAUGUAAUUGUCUUCCAUGUUGUCGGAUAACUUUGUACGAAUCUUUGAAUAUUGGUUGUUAUUCCUUUUUACUUUGGCUGUCCUCAAAAUUAUGCUGUUUGUAUACGGAAUUCCAUUUACAGCCGUUUUUGAAAGUCUUCUAUAAACAAUCUGGCUUAGUAACGUUGUUAUAUGCUAAGUAGUCAACAAUACUUAGUAAAAAACUUGAAAUUAAGCAUCUUGCCUGUAGAUCAUUACUAUAAGAUAUGAGUAAAUAGCUUGUGAUAUUUAUCAAAAGAAUAUAACUUGAAUAUUACACAAGAUUUUAACUUGAAUUUAAAUAAACAAAAGUUAAAUGAAAAGUUUAAAAUAAAUGUUAACUGAAGACAAUAAUGUAAUGAAGCCAUGUUUGUCUUAUAAUCUAAUUUGGUAGUACAAAACAAUACUAAACUAAAUUGAUUGACUCUGGUAUCAUUGAAUACAACUUCAAAGAAUGGGAUACUAUUUUUAUCAAAUUAGUCGAGUUUUGUUUACCAUUAAAGGUAGCUGCACAUCAAACGGGUUGGGAUGUGGAACGUGACGGCGACGGGACGUGAGCGGCGACGGGACCUGGGCGGGGGCGGUAACGGGACGUAGACGGGGGUGGCGGCGGGACAGGUGUAAAGGUGUUGAUAGACUUGAGCAUUCACUUGUAAUGAGCGUUCGUGCGAAUGUUACAUCACAGAAAACUACGAGAACAUUCUAUCGAGCGUUCUGGCGCGUAUUCUAGCGAGUAGAUUUGCUUGGAGUUUUUUGGCGAGCCAAGAUUCAGUCGUCGUCUUGAGCAUCGAAUAGAGCGUUCGCUAGAAUUCUCAAGAUGUUCGUAGCAAUAUUUGGCUCUAUUCUUGGUUCGGCUCGUUGUUGUUACAUCACAGAAAAAUACGAGAACAUUCUAUCGAGCGUUCUGGCUAGUAUUCUACCGAGCAGAUUUGCUUGGAGCUUUUUGGCGAGCCAAGCUUAUGUCAGCGUUUUGACGGGCAUCGAAUAGAGCGUUCCCUAGAAUUCUCAAGAAGCAAUAUUUGGCUCAAUACUUGGCUCGGCUCGUUGUUCAGUUCGACAAAUAUAUAAACGGCUAAUGCUCGAUGUUCUGUUUCAAGUGAAUCCUCAAGUCUAUCAGCACCUUUACGUUAACACGUCGCCGUCCCAUCCGUACCCCUUAACGUAUACACUUUCGUGUAUGUUUUGUAUGAAACUAUAUUCCUAAAACUUCCUCGUCCCCUCCCGUUACAUAUCCAACACGUUACGUAUCCAGUUAGUGUUUGCAAUUGUUAGUUUUAAAAUAUGCGCCAAAUAUUUUUAAUAAGGACAAUGGUACAUUGUCAUAUUAGAGAACAUACAGUUACCCACUGUAUCAAGAAACGGCGAAUCUUUUACAAUACGGCACUUAGUAUGAACGUAGUAGAUUUGAUUUUUUAAUAUGAUAGUGUAUCACAAAUCCUUAACUACUAUGGUAGCCUUAUGAUGUUGACAAUUCUGUAUCGCAAUGUGUGUGUUAAGACAUAUGAUAUAUUAUUGUGUAUGAGUCUUCAUGAAUGAGCCAAAAAUAAUGAUGAUAAUGUUUAUAACACUAGUAAAAAUUUUACGCAAUACGUGUUGAGUUAAAUCGAACCGUUAGAUACAUACGUCAUCCAAAUAGGGUAUUGUAUGGUACUGACCGUGAUAGCCCAGUGGAUAUGACCUCUGCCUUCGUUUUAGAGGGUGUUGGUUCGAAUCCGGUCCUGGCAUGCAGCGCCAACUUUUCAGUUAUGUGCGUUUUUAGAAAAUGAAAUAUCACGUGUCUCAAACGGUGAAGGAAAAUCACCGUGAGGAAACCUGCAUACCAGAGAAUUUUCUCAAUUCUCUACGUGUGUGAAUUACGACACUAAUAAUAUUAUUAUUAGCCUACCCCCUCUCACUCUGAGGGGAAACUAACUGCUUCACUCAAUCUAAAUUUAGUUACUGCAUGAUAUUAAAUCUAUAGAAUACAAAGGCACGAAAAUCCAAAACUAUUUUAACGUGAUGACGUUAUGUUAUUUUUUUACAAUGACAGGCCCAUCAUUUGUCUAUUUACUUCUCUGUCCACGAUCUGGGUAAUGUUUAACGUGUUUUUUUUCUUAACGCGCUUAGCGUAUCUUAGGAUGAACCUCUGCAUACAUAUUGCCUGAUAUGAGUUAGUGUAUAGUCCCAGAGACACCCGUUAUAUUUCUUUUGAAAUAAUUCAAUUUAUACAUUUGUUACCUUCUAUAAUAUUGUUGUGAUGCCUAUAACUUCAUUAUUCAAAAAAUAUUUUGAAAGUUAUAAGCAACACAAUAUCUUGUUGUACUUGUUUUUUUUUCAAGCAAUAAUUAAAUCAUAUACAAAAAAAGCUUUUAUUAUGUAUGUAUUAUGUAUUUCACAAUACGAAAUAACAGCUGUCUCUGAGAUUAAUUCGCUAUAACAUUUUUUUUAAUCUGCAUAUGAAUUGUAAAUCGAAUUUCAAUGUAAUCUUAUAAUUUUUAUUAUAUUUCUUAAAUUACCUAUUUUUAGGUAAACGCACGUAUUUGUUGACACAUUUUAUUCAAUUUAUAAUUUUUAAAUACAAUGAAAUCAAGAAAGUGAAUUUGAGCAUCGGUGUAGGAACAGUUUUUAUCCUUUUUUAGAUGGAAUAUUUGUAUAGUGACAUAGCAGUGCUCUUGGUAUGAGAUUUGCAGUCCUUAAAUCGACAUAAAAGGCAUUAUAACCUCAAAGCGAAAUGAACUUACGGUCAUUGUAUUAAAGUCGAAAAUUCUGUACUUCCAACUUGUAUUUUUUUUAUUUUAAAAAUGUUGGUCCAUUAUGCUGGCUGUAAAAGUACAUACGAAUUUAAGCUUUAAUAUUAGAUAAAUUAGGUCUAUUAUAAAUUUAAUUUUUAUCAGUGUUUUUAACUAAGUAUAUUUGAUAAAAAGUCCAUGUUUUCUGGAAUACAAAUCUCGUACCGAAAAGUACAGGACGUAGAAUAUUUUUAGACUGAUUUAGUUGAUAAAAGUUAUGCUUUUUGUUGUAGUUUAAUAAACCUGACAAAGUUAAAA